AUGACCAUUUCUGUCUGUUCUACAGGUUCAGGAAUCAUGAAUAUAUCAGGAAAACAGAGUGUGACUGAGUUCAUCCUCCUAAGCUUUCCUUGUUCCAGGGAGAUGCAGAUCCUCCUCUUUGGGGUUUUCUCUCUGACCUAUGUCCUGACCUUGAUAGGGAACGGGUCCAUUAUCUGUGCAGUGAGGCUGGAUCACCACCUACAUACCCCCAUGUACUUCCUGCUGGCCAACUUCUCCUUCUUGGAAAUCUGCUACAUUAACACCACGGUUCCCAAUAUGCUAACCAACUUCCUGUCUAACACUAAGACUGUCUCUUUUACAUCUUGCUUCCUCCAGUUCUACUUUUUCUUUUCCACUGGUAUCACUGAGACCUUCUUCCUAUCCCUGAUGGCUUUUGAUAGGUUCUUAGCCAUUUGUCAACCACUGCAUUACCCAACAAUCAUGACUAGAAAUAUGUGUGCCAAACUAGUGUUUCUGUGCUGGGUAAGUGGCUUCCUCUGUUAUGCAGUUCCUAUCUAUUUAACUUCUCAAUUGUCCUUUUGUGGCCCAAAUAUCAUUGAUCAUUUUAUUUGUGACUCAGGACCCUUGAUGGCUCUGUCAUGCACCUCUGCCCCAGGGAUUGAACUUACUUUUUCUGUUUUUGCCUCUCUUGACAUAUUUAUCACUUUCCCUUUCAUCCUUGGAUCCUACACUCUAGUAUUCAGGGCUGUCUUGAGAGUCCCUUCAGCUGCAGGUCGGAAGAAAGCCUUCUCCACAUGUGGGUCUCACCUGACUGUGGUCUCUCUGUUCUAUGGGACCCUCAUGGUCAUGUACAUCAGCCCAAACUCAGGAAACAGAGUCACAACACAAAAGAUUGUCACCUUGCUUUAUUCAGUGUUUACUCCACUUGUGAAUCCCCUAAUCUACAGUCUCAGGAACAAGGAGAUGAAGAAUGCCCUAAGAAAAGUACAGAUGCGCAUGAAAAUUGUUCAAAAUAGUUGA